GUUCUAAUAGAUUUGACAACGUUUUGAAAAGUAAAAACCAAUCUAGUAGGAUGACUUACUCUCACAUAUAAUCCUGUAAGAUCAGUGGUCGCCACAAGGAAGGACAGAAGGAUGUUGAUCGUUGUAUCGGGAUCACGGCCCAGUUCCGCUGAAACGGAUAGAGGAUUUGCGCUGCCGCGUGCCCGCGCCCGCCCCAGCAGGCACCACGGAUUGUUGACAAAGACUCCGCGAGACGGAAAAGAGAGCCCGAGCUUUGGUUUUUAAGCCACCGGAGGACUACGGUUGAAGACACCGUCCGUUUUUCUUUUUUUUACGGAGAACGAGGAAAGGAGCGCGAGCGUCUUGAAAAUCAACCGUGAGUCACAAUGAAUCGUUUUGUGUGUUUCAAUUCCGUUUAAUCAGCCCAGGCAGCUAGCUAGCUACCUCCAUCGGGUCAUUUCAUUCCUCCCCUCCCCGUGUGAUCCGUUAUCAUAUGCUGCUCAUUUCUACCAGUUAACCCGCGAGACUUGCCCGGUUAUAAUAGCUUUCCGUCUUUCUUUGUGUCUAUGUCUCCCCCCUCCUUCAACCUGAAGGUGUGGCCGGCUCGAGGCGAUUCGGUAAUACUGUCUUUGCUUUAAACAGUUGUCGGACUGGCGCGUGAAGAACCCCCCCCCGGCGAACUACAUGCACCUUUACAUACCGACACCGACAGAAUGAUCACAGUGGGCCGGGAUGGGUCGGUGUGAUUAACGGCAGUCUCAAGGAGUCUUCCAUACCUAGAAGAACCAGGAGGACCAGGUCCAGGCGUGGUUUGGCCGGGCAUGGUGUGAUCUGAGUCGGGCAGCCAGUCUGGGUCUGACCGGUGACCACCCGUCCUUUCCCCGGAGCCUGCGUGGCCCCAAGCCGCGUCCAGAGCCCUCCAAGAUGGGGAAGUGUGACGGGAGAGUUACGCUGGUGGCGAUAUGUUCACUGCAGCUGAUGGCAGCGCUCCAGAGACAGGUGUUUGACUUCCUGGGUUACCAGUGGGCUCCUAUCCUGGCCAACUUCCUCCACAUCAUGGCCGUCAUACUGGGGAUCUUUGGGACAGUGCAGUUCAGAUCCCGCUACCUCAUAUUGUAUGCGGUGUGGUUAGUGCUGUGGGUGGGAUGGAACUCCUUCAUCAUCUGUUUCUACCUUGAGGUGGGACACUUGUCUCAGGUAAGAGAGGACAGGGACUUCCUGAUGACGUUCAACACGUCGCUGCAUCGGUCCUGGUGGAUGGAGCACGGCCCUGGUUGCCUAGUAACGCCGGUGUUGGACUCCCGCAUCGCCCCUGACGACCACCAUGUCAUCACCGUCUCCGGCUGUCUCCUUGACUACCAGUACAUUGAGGUGCUGAGUGCCGCGCUCCAGGUCCUACUGGCUCUCUUUGGCUUUGUGUAUGCCUGCUAUUUGAGCAAAGUCUUCCAGGAUGACGAGGAUAGCUUUGAUUUCAUUGGUGGCUUUGAAUCCUAUGGUUACCAGCCUCCUCAGAAGACCUCCCACCUCCAACUGCAGCCCCUCUACACGUAGGGCCGGGUAGGGGAAGGGGGCGCCCCCAUCAGACCACACCACAGCCGUGAAGCUGAGACGUCUUGGGAACAGAGCACUCACUCUGCGUGUCACAGUACAACUGAAAGAUGGACUCACCUGUGUGUGUAUGUGUGUGGUAAUCGAGGGUAAACUGACUGAUACCCCUGAGGUGAAUGUACAGAGGACAGGGUGGAACCAGCCAUUCUAUGGGGGGGGGGGGGGGGCACUGGGCGUGGUCACUUGUUAAUGGACACGGAGGAUAUUGAGAGGACACUCUGCACCCGCUGGCUCUUUGCACUCCUAGGACCCUGUGUGUGUGUAGUUCUAAAGGACUAGCUGAAUGACCUCUGAACUAUUGUGGGAGGGGCCUCCAAAGUCACAUGUUGUCAUUUUAGAAUGUGAGGUCAUAAUAGAACAAUCGUACCCCCAAUCCCAAGCUUGUCCCUAAUUCUGUUGUGACAGGGUGACCCUGUGUACUCACAAUCACAGCAAAAAAAGCAGAAGCGGUUUUGUCGCGAUUGUGUGUACACUGGGUUAAGUGAUCUGCUAUGGACCAGUUUUAAGGAUUGGGCUUUAGUGUCUCUGGGGAAAGUUGUGGGGAUUCUGUGCAUGUAAAUAUCCGGCUGAUUGCUUUGUUUUUGGGGGUGGUGAGGGGGGUUUGCGUAGCCACGCCCCAUUUACGUUUCUUCUCUCACCUUUUUCACGACCAAGAAUGGUCCUUCAUGACUUUAGAAAUGCUUCCUCCCUCCUCCCUCACACCUUACUACCAUUUCUUUCUUCUGUUAUUCUCCCCCCCCCCCUCUACGCUUCAUUCACUCCUUCCUUUCUUCUGUAAAGAAUUCACUGGUCUGACCUGAUGAUAUUAAUGUAAGGAAUACAAGGACACUGAUUUAUUUCACCACCAUACAAUAGGUCAUUGUGCAUUUCCAGGUCAGAAAUGCCUGGCGGAGGACAGAGAAGGAGGGAGACUGUAUUUCUGAAGUGGUUUCCUGGGUAAGACCUGUGUGUUUAGGAGACAUUGGGAAGGGGGUUGGGGAAAUAAAUAAACUGUUUUUAAAUUAAA